GAAACAUUCGAUGUUCGAGUUAAUUUAAAAUUAUUUAAAAAUGGCGGCUUCCAUGAUUGGAAAUCAAAUUUUGUCACAAGUUCAGAAUUUGAACUCUGUAAAACCAUUAUACCAGAGAUGCUUAGAACUGGAGAAAGUUUUGAAGAAUACAAGUACAAAGGAAUUAAAGAAUGUGCUGCCUUUUUUACUGGAGAACAUAUUUGGGUAUGGACAAAAUCCUGGCUGGGGGUUAGACUUGAUCAACAGAUCCUCCAAUUCCCAGGACUUUGAUAACCUCAGAAGACUGCUGGCCCCCGAGGGGACCCUCCUGUCUCUAGUGUACAAUCUGAUGACUGAUUCAUUCUACGAAUUUCCAAUAAACAGUCUACCUAUGCCAACACAGCAUUUGAUUGAGGAUGGUAGUUUGCCAAUCUUUUAUGCCAACAAACUUCAGUAUCUGAAUUUUGGCCGACCAGUCAUUGUACUUAAUGCCUAUGAGCUGUAUAUGUUUCACCUUGCCUACCAUCUCGUCAAUCCGAGUGUUCAGCGACACAACUGUAACUGGAGUAACAUAACUGACUCUCUGUACCCUGUACUGAUUGAUGAUUACCUGAAUUAUUUCUUGCCAUUGAAUAAAGACAGUCUCCCUAAGAUGCCCACAGUCCAAGCAGUUGUUCGUAGUCCAGUUGUCCACUCUCCAAUGGCAGGGAAGUCCUUUAACAUGCCCUCCUCUCCGCCUUCCCCACAGCGACCCAGUCUACUGAAGUCGAGCUUUGUGUCAGCCCAGAAGCAGCACGCCCAGACAGCAGCAGUGAUAACUCAAGGGGAGACAACUGAGACCUACCGAUCAGACACUCUCAUACAGGUGUUUACUGAGUUUUGGUUGAACCAGAAUCCCAUCAGCAUUGACCGACAAUCAUUCUCUCAUACAGCCUCGCCACCGUAUGACCUGAGAUUACAAAGAGGACCGUACCAAUACUGGUUUGAGAAUUUCAUGCCCAGCACGAACCAUGUACGCCUGGUGAGAAUGCUGGUGAAACACGUACAUAACUUUGUCAACACCGCUAAACCUGAGGUAGUCUCCUCACCCUAUCAAAGUCACAUCACUUCAACACUAGACGAGUUCAAAAAGUCCCUGAUACCGUACAUAAUACAGAAGAAACUCUAUACAUUCCUCCGGCAUGGCUUUGAUAGAUGGCCGCUGGACUGUUCCUUCAGACUUCUUUUAGAGACAUGGUUGACCUACAUUCAGCCCUGGCGGUACAUUUACAGUAAGUCCCAGACAGGACGGAGGGACAGUGAUGUUGGAGACCAUAAAACAGUGGAGGAAAAAUGGUUUCCCUUUGUGGAGGAUAAUCUGUUGUUUUAUACAGUUCUAUAUCAGGAGUUUACACAGAGGGUGUUCAGGAUGGAUCUUACUACACAGUUCAAUGCCUGCAUGCUCUACAGGGCAAACAAGGUAUAUAGUCUGCCAAACUUAUCAAACAUGGUAUUUAGAGCUGAGAGGGAGAUGUGUAGUGCUAUAAGGCUGGGUCGUCCUGGGAGUCACGACCUGGGAGGGAGCUAUAUCUCCCCGGAGACCAGCGUGUCCCUCCACUCACAGAUCACAGAGCUGGAGAAACCUGGCUUCCAGUACUGCAGAAUGUACAGCGAAGAAAUGAUACAUAUGAUGAAAGCUAUUCUAGGACACAUAGAAGUUGCCAAGCAAACCCUCAUAGCUUAUGAAGAGUCUGUCAAGAAAACCAGAAAAUCGGGACUGGCAGCCAUAUUGGAUGUUUCAUCUUGGUUCCAGGAAGACCAGAGCAUGGGGGAUAUGUCCCCGUCAGAGGUUAAAAAAGUGCAGUCGUACCUGGACACAGCAGCCUCUAACAUAUGCUAUAUAUUUGAGAUUGAAACUCAUCCUUAUGCUUCAAAACAAAUGUCUUCACCGAAUCAAUUUGAGCAGUCCUCCUUUUUGGAGAGCUCUUUAUUGUCGAAUACAAUACCAGACUGUGAAGAAACAGAGGAUGGGUUCACAUUGACACCACAUGGGAGAUACCAGUUGAAGAACAAGAUGAGGAAGUUUGAUGUUGUAUAUCAAGGUGACCCAGAUUUACAGCCAAUCAGAAGUUUUGAAAAUGCCACAUUAGUUCGUCUGUUUCAUCAAUUCUGUAACUUCAUUAAUACUCAGGUAGGUUGUUUCACCUGAGUCACACAGGUGGUU